CCUUGCAGUCAGUUUAGUGAAUAUGUUCCAAGUGUUACUACCAGUACUACUAUCUGUUGCCCUGGCACGGGGUGGUACGUGGAGUAACCCGACCUGUGCCCCUGGCCGCCAUACCAUUACACAUCUGUUUGAGUGGAAAUGGAGUGACAUCGCUGCGGAAUGUGAACGUUUUCUUGGACCUCGUGGUUAUUGUGGCGUUCAGAUUUCGCCACCCAAUGAGAACCGAGUGGUCACCAGUCCCAACAGACCAUGGUGGGAGAGGUACCAGCCUGUAUCAUACAAGCUGUCGACUAGAAGUGGAAACGAGGCUGACCUCAGGGAUAUGAUACAGAGGUGCAAUAAGGUCAAUGUCAGAAUCUACGCUGAUGUUGUGAUCAAUCACAUGACAGGGGCGGGAGGAAGUGGAACAGGCACGGGCGGAUCCCACUGGGACGGGAACAAACUGAGCUAUCCCGGCGUGCCCUUUUCUGCCUGGGACUUUAACAGUGGUUCCGAGUGUCAUACUGGGGACGGGAACAUCCAUAACUACAACGACCCCAACGAGGUCCGAAACUGUCGAUUGGUCAGUCUUGUAGACUUGAAACUUUCCAAAGAUUAUGUACGGGAUGAAAUAGCGGGGUACCUCAACCACCUCAUAAGUCUAGGAGUAGCUGGUUUCCGAGUGGAUGCUGCCAAACACAUGUGGCCGGGCGAUCUCCGUGCUGUCUUUGGAAGACUCCAUAAUUUGAACACUGCCUUUUUUCCAUCAGGAACUAAGCCCUUUGUUUAUCAAGAGGUGAUUGAUAUGGGUCACGAGGCAAUUAGUGCGGGCGAAUAUACCGGAAUUGCACGAGUUACAAACUUCAUUUACGGAAUCAAACUAGCUGACGUGUUCAGACGCCAUAAUCAAGCAAAAUGGUUGAAAAGUUGGGGCGAAAGUUGGGGCAUGCCAAAUACAAAUGACGUUGUUGUUUUUAUUGAUAACCAUGACAACCAAAGAGGACAUGGCGGAGGAGGUGGCGUUUUAACGUUCUUUGAACCCCGUGCUUAUAAAAUGGCAACGGAGUUCAUGUUGGCGCAUCCUUACGGUUUUACGCGUGUGAUGAGCAGCUACAGAUGGAACAGAAAUUUCCAAGGUGGGGAAGAUCACAACAACUGGCAGGGCCCCCCUCAUAACGGGGACAUGAGCAUUAAGGGCCCCUCCAUUCACUCCGAUAACACGUGUGGAAAUGGAUGGGUUUGUGAACAUAGAUGGCGUCAAAUUUACAACAUGGUCGCCUUCCGUAAUGUUGUUAUGGGAACAACGAUGUCACAUUGGUGGGAUAAUGGAGACUACGCCAUCGCUUUCUCUCGAGGAAACAAGGGCUUCAUCAUUAUCAACGCGGGAACAUCGGACAUUAAUGUCAACUUACAGACUGGUUUACCACAGGGUACAUACUGUGAUGUAAUAUCCGGUGAUUACGAUAAUGGACGAUGUACCGGAAAUGAAGUUCACGUGGGAGGUGAUGGACACGCCCACUUCCAUAUCAGCCACAGCAGCGAUGACCCUGUUGUUGCAAUUCAUAUAGGUGCCAAAAAGGGAUCGGCUAAAAAGGUUACAACGUAAACAAUUAAACGUGUAUAA